AUGGCUCUGGCCCUGGAAGACUCCUUGUGGAAUCCAACCGUCUUAUCCCCUGAGCUCAUACUGAGCAUGCAGGAAUACCUCUCACCAGCGCUUCGGCAACCACCAUUGCCUGACUCGGAGAAGAAGCGAUUGCGCGAACUGUCCAGGUAUUACUGUGCCAUCCGCCCGUCCUCCGUACCUCAAGAUCCUGACGCAACGUUGACUCAGAGUGAGCCCGAGAACGAACCCGGUCUCAAUGUCGCCCAACUUCCGUCUGAUAUCACCUUGACCGCUCUUACGCAGCUCGGCGUGCAUCGACUUGGGUGCGAGCGGUCGUUUGCCUCGCUCAUUGACGGACACAGCCAGUAUAUCAUUUCCGAAGCGACCGCGUCCAUCUCAUUGCGGGACAGGGAAAAACAUUCGCCCAACGAUGGCUUGUAUCUUGGGAACACCACGUUAGACCUGGUCUGGGGAGUGUGUCCUCAUGCCAUCAAGCUGUUCUCCGGAUACGAUGUACCGCACUUGAAGAAUACGGCCAACGUUACCGCGAACCCGACCCGCUACAUCGUCCGCGAUUUCACGCAGGAGGAUUGUUUUAAGGAUCGUCCUUAUGUGACAGGCUGGCCGCACAUGCGAUUCUACGCCGAGGUCCCGAUAUAUAGUCCGUCUGGUCACAUUCUCGGUGGUUAUUGUGUGGUCGACAAUAAGCCGCGGCAGGAUUUCAGCGAGGAUGAAGUGAUCGCUUUGCAGGAGAUCUCAGAUGCGAUCGCGCGUCAUCUUGAGAAUGUCCGAACAGUCCAUUACCAUCGACGGUCGGACCGCCUCAUUCAAGGGCUGACCACCUUUGUCAAGGACCGUCUCCACGAACGAAGUCCGCUUGACGCUCCAGCGCCGCCGCGCGCUGCAGAAACACCGUCUCUGGAGCGACUCGGUCUAGACGAAUUGCCGUCGAGUACUGAGGUAACUGGAGGAACGUCGCUGCUAUUUUCUACCCAAAAUGCUGCCAGAAAAUCUACUCACGCGACGUCGCUAUCUGGCACACUGCAUAAGGCCGUGAGCUCGCCGCUGCUGAACGAGGUUGUUACCGAUACUGGCCCGUCUCAAGACACUGUUCCUUUGCGUAUGAAUGACAACUCGAGUGCAAAGAGCACUCCAAAGCCGGUCGCGAAAGACAAAGUUCCAUUUUUGAGGCGCAUUGAAAACAUUUAUGCUUAUGCCAGCUCCCUAAUAAGGGAGUCAAUGGAUCUUGACGGAGUUAUGUUUGUAGACGCCUCUCGGUGCAAUUCUGGAAGUGUCUCGCUGAAAGCAGAUAUGCUGAACUGGGAACCAUUACCCAAAAACGCGGAUCCUCGACCAAGAAGUCAGUAUUCUAACAGUGCCGUGGCGGACGAAACCAUAUGCGACACACUUGGCCUGGCCUCGAACGAGACUGACACCCAACAUGGGAUACCUGACUCGCUUCUACGGGAGCUAAUCGCCGCCUUCCCUCAAGGUGGUGUCUUGCUUCCAGACGCUGACAACGAUAAUUCUCAACUACCCGAAACCCGGCUCGCAAAAUCAUUUCCCGAAGCAAAGUCAUUGCUUUUUAUCCCCCUCUGGGAUUGGAACAAGGGACAAUGGCUCGCUGGGACGUUUGUGUGGACGAAAGAUAGCGAGCAGGAGCGGGCGCUCGGAGUUGAUGAAUUACACUAUUUUAAAGUCUUUGGUGACUCGAUAAUAUCUGAAAUUGCGAGGCUCGACUGGUCUUUGAAGGAGAAAUCCAAAUUCGGCCUUAUUUCUUCCGUCAGCCAUGAGAUUCGAUCACCGUUACAUGGAAUGCUCGCGAAUGCGGAACUCCUAUCAUCUUCUCCUUUGCAGCCAGAGCAGCAGCAAACGGUGAAGGCGCUGGAAAUGUGCGGUAUUACUUUGCUGGAUACGAUGAACCAUCUUCUGGACUUUGCAAAAAUCAACAACCUCGCUUCCAUUAAUCAGACUGCCUCGUCAGUCACCAGUCUACUUACCUCGUUCGACCUUGACGUCCUGAUUGAGGAAGUAGUUAGCAGUGUCUUUUCCGGAAUGUGCCAUGCGGCCAUUGCGUUAACGCCUCCGGAGAGUCCUAGCAACCCCGACACUGCCUACAAACAGGACAGUGGUUUUGUUGAAAUCUCGGUGUCGCUGCUGGAUCCGCCAGUGAAAACCGACCCAGAUUCUGCCGUUGCACACUUGCGCUUCACUGAUACCGGGUGUGGAAUGUCUCAGGAAUUCCUGAGGAAUAAGCUGUAUUCGCCUUUCGCGCAAGAGGACGCCCUAGCCGAAGGUGCUGGCCUUGGUCUGAGCAUUGUGAAGCAACUUGUCUCUUUUUUCAAGGGGUCAAUAGACGUGAAGAGCGAGAUUGAUGUUGGAACUCAAGUUGAUAUCCAAAUCCCCGUCCAACUGGCCCCCGAUGAUUUCGCUACAGGUGCAUUUGGUCCGGAAUUAGGCAUGGGUUUGCGGGAAACCACAUUCUCUCUCAUCGGCCUUGAUGCGUACCCUGAACUUUCCGAAGAGCCUACUGGAAGCUUGAGCUCAGAAGCGAAGCGAAGAAUUUGCUUACAGAGCUUCUUUACCAACCUACUUUCCGGGAAGCCCAAUUGGAAGAUCUCCUCGACAGCCACGUUGGCCGAGGCAGACGGCGAGAUUGCAAUUGUCAGCGAAGCCGCUCUGAAACAACUCUUCGUAGACGAGUCACUGCGUCGUCGUGCGGAGAAGAAUCAGACUAAAUUUGUAUGUCUUUGUGAUGGCUUGCCGACUCUAAACGCGAAUGGACCUGGCGGGGCCCAGGUUAUCCGGCUAUACCAACCAUACUCCCCGAGAAAGGUGCUACAGGCUAUCGAGUCAGUCAUGCAGGCCAAGCCCCAGCCUUUUGCCGGUGCCGACGACCAGUCUCCGCCGGUAUCCAAAGCCACCCCCCCGACCAACCCUACCAAUGACUCUGCCCCUCCAGCCAGUGGUACUCAUGGGAAUAAGGUGCUGAUAGUAGACGACAAUGAAAUAAACCUCAAGGUUCUCGCUAGGUUAAUGUCUAAACUGGGUUAUCAGCAUACGACGGCGACUAAUGGGCUUGUCGCAUUCACUAAAUAUAAAGAAUCGCCUAACUCAUUCAGCAUGGUAUUAAUGGAUAUAUCCAUGCCUGUUAUGGAUGGCAUAGAUGCCACUAGAAACAUCCGGUCGUAUGAAUGGGAAAAGCAGUUAUCUUCCGUCAAAGUCUUCGCCGUGACUGGUAUUGGGUCUGCUGCGAUGCAGCACGAAGCCCUGAUGGCCGGAGUGGACGAGUAUCUCGUGAAGCCGCUGUCACUCGGUCAACUAGGGAAACUCAUGAAGGUCCAUUUAUAA